CACACCACGGACUGCUGGCCUUCAGGAAAGCCAGUCUUGACCGCCAACUGCCAACUUUGACCGCAUCCCGGUCAUAACUCACGCUCCUUCACCCUCACAGUCCACUAGCAUCGCCCCAGCAGUUAGCUACAAGUUUAUCGUGUGCUUGGCAUGCAUGGACGCAGUAACAUCCCGGACAUGAUGCCUCGGAUGCACAACGGCGUUUCCCAUCCGUUAGCAAGGGGUCUCCUCGGCGACGGCGGAGGACCUCUUGGUCUCGGAGGAGACAGCACGACUAGCAGCGACAGCGGCCUCCUCGGUCUCAGCAUUCCUGCUUUACCGACGCUGUCUCUAUCAUUGCCAGGUAUUCCAGAUAUAUUUGGAUCAACAAGUUCCUCGAGCUCAAGCAGUUCGGCCACCACAGCGUCAACUACCUCAUCGAGCCAAACAAGGUAAGUCAUUUGGAAAGCAAGCGCAAUCUUGGGUGGUAAACGUUAUCAAAGCUCGCCUUCUACAACGUCCUCGCCCGUUACGUCCUCGUCCGCUGUGUCCCUAUCCGCUGCUUCCUCAUCCGCUACGGCUUCAUCGUCGAGUUCAUUCAGCUCGAGCUUGACAUCCUCUACUCCCACACCUUCUCCCACUUCCGAAAACACA